UGCGUACUACCCCUGUACUCCUCCUCCUCCUCCUCCCCCUCCUCCUCCGUCUUCCUCCCUUUGCCAUAUCCACCCACCCAUCCACCCACCAGCCCACCCUCUCCCUGCCUUUCUUACACACACAUACACACAUACACUCAAUCACGAAUACACAGGGAUUGCAGCAGCAGCAGCAGCAGCACCGCGAGAUGGAGAUCUCCACUGCGUGUGUGAGUGCCUAUUCCCGCUGUCACUGCACCGGCUGCUUCGCUCUCAGUCCUCCCGCAGACUGUGUGAGCUGCCCCCCUGGCUGGACGGUACCCUGGCAUCCACUGACUUCAUGGAUGAACACUGGCUCUACAGGGGAUCUGUGCUUUCUUGUCCUUUGCACCUCUAAUCUGUUUCUCAAGGAAAUAUGGUGAGCAAGGAGGACACCAAAUGCGUUGUUCUCUCAAAUUCAGAUGAAUCAGAUUCAGAGACAACCCAAUCACAAAGCCUUAACACACCGUGUGGACCAGACUCUGGCAAGCAGCCGGUGAAGAAGAGGAACAAGGCUUUACAGGUGCGUUUUAAGGACAUCUGCGAGGCUCAGAAUGAACAUCGGAGUCGACGCUCCAGGUCCAUUUCUUGCAAAGUGACACACAGAAAGUACAUGACCAUGCCUGCCAGACGUUCCAUUCCUAACGUGACGAAGAGCACUGGUGUCCAGACAUCACCAGACCUCACUAAGCGAUACAAGACUUUCCCUUUUGAGAGGAAAAAAGGACAUACAUUUAAACACACUGCAUUGGUGGAAAAUUACAGAGGACAGAACAAUGGGUUUUUGAGUGAUAUAAAGACAGGUGAGGAUGGACAAAGUAUUGAGGAGUCCUCAAAGUACAAGGGUAAGAUUGUCGGGCAGACAAAAGCUUUGCUUCACCACACCGAUGACAGCAGUGACACAGAGGAUUUGCUUUCCAGUGCCAACUGUGUGGAUGGACCCUCAUGUCCAGAUUCCUCACAUUACACAGAUGAGUGCCAUCCAAAUAGUCCUCCAUCCCAAAGCGAGCCAGAGUACCAAGUUUGCGGGACGAGGACCAAACAUAAAGGAUUACCCAAAGAUGACAUGGACGCUAGCACUUCCUCAAAGCGCCAGUUGGCUAAUUCUGGGUUUUCACAGGACAAGGUUAAGGGCUCAGGCCCUGUUGCGUGGAACUCUUUGACACAUGUGGAGUCUUUAGGAAGCCCCUCUCUGAGCUGUAAACGGAAAAAGGGUACACAGCUCAGCGAGCAACAGUCACAGACACUACCCCAUAGUGCCAAAUGCUCUGUGCAGUCACAAGGGCAAUGUCGGACCAGGCAUGUGUCAGCCUCUUCUAAACUUCAGCAAACAGGUGGGGGGGACGAGGGCUUUCCUCAAGGAGAUACAGGAGCUCGGGGCAUGGGGAGCAGCCAGCAGAUAAUGCCCUUAUCUGGAGAUAGGGAUAUCAAAGCACAGCUGCAGGCCAUGGAGACUCUCAUCAGUUCAAGCCAGGAAACCAUCAAGGUCCUACUUGGAGUUAUUCAGGAGCUGGAGAAAGGUGAAGCACAGAGAGAGGGGCUCUCCUACCGGACAGGACAAGACACAGCAAAUUGUGACACUUGUCGAAACAGCGCAUGCAUCAUUUACAGUGUUGAACUAGACUUUAAGCUGCAGGAGGAUAAGCUACAGCCUCUGAUGAAGAGACUUUGUCCACUGGACAGCCAACAAUGCCCUGCUCUGCCUUACUCCAAUGAAGUUUUCACAUCCACCCCAAAGCGGAAAUCUAAGACAGAGUCCAAAAAGCAUGCACGUUGGAAACUCUGGUUCCUUUGAAGGACACAUUGAACCCAUGGAAACUACCUUUUACCGGUUACUGUCAGAACGGAUAAAGGAAUAUUCAGAGACGGGAACUCCACCCGUGGGAAAGGAUAAUGGCAGAAACCAGUUGAUUUGAGGCUCAGAUCUGAGACUGCACGUCAAGUCAGCUGGGGGACAGCAAACCAAUAUUUUUAACAAGACUAAACAAAACAAAAAAAACACAAAGACAUACAAAUGUUUAAUUCUGUCAUAUCUUUUUCUGGCAUCUUAGCUGGAGAGGAUCAACAUCCGCAAAACUAGAGCAUAUUGCUUGGCAACAAGAGGAGGCGCCAUGCGGAAGGCUUUUUUUUAUGAGUGAAGCUAUAAUCUUUGAAUGGACAUCAGCCCAACCUCCGGCAAAGCACAAACAUUUGAAUACUAAAAAGAAAGACUGAAGUGAAACACCGUACAGAACAUGACAGUAUGUUAGCGCUGUUCUCAUAACCCUGUCUAUUCCUUCCUCUUCCUCCACAUCUCUUAACUUCCUGCUCGAUUUGUCUGACUGAGCGUCUGCUCUUUGCAUUAAUAACACCUUCCUCUUUGUACCUGACACCUUUUAUAUUUUUCUUUCUGUCUGUUGUUCCGUAAUGUCUUCCUUUGUGCUUUCACUGUUCAACCAACCAGCCAAAAAACUUUGCCUGAGUCAUCCUGUUCUUCUCAGUUGGCUACUGUGACACGAAAAAAAAUCAGAUAUAUUUGAAUAUGCUUUGCAUCUUAAAGUAAAGCACUGUCCUGUAAAAACAAACAAAAGAAGCAAAUAUGAUGAGUAAGUUCUUUCUCUUAAGGCAGGUACAGUCUUUACAUAGUAAAAACCCUGGUAAAGCAGAUUUUUUAACCACACAUAUACUGUUUUGACUUUUGAAGAGAGAGUAUUUUCUAUGAUGACUUAAAAAUGGUUGUUUUUGUUAAUUUCCAAUGCAAAGUAAAGGCUAUUUUGACAUUUCUAUUUGAGUCCAUUAAGAGUUUGCCUCUUGCCUGUCAGUCACACAUUGUGUCACAGCAAACCUCGACUGUGAAGUCUUGAACUCCCCUCUUUUUCAAUGAACCGCUUCAUGUAGCUAAAACAUCACUUGCAGAGGGUUGUUUUGUAAUAUCGAUUUAUCCUGAAGUUCCAUCUUGUACAAUGUGACAAUUUUUUUUUUUCUCUGAACAAAAACAACUGAACAACUGUGCACUGAACUUGCAAGAGUAGAAGGGCUAUUUACAGUGCUAAUGGGACUAGGGUAGCAGUUUUACAGCAAAGAUGACUUGUAGCCACCAGCUUUGGUUAAGUUAAAAAAAAAAUGUAGCAAUGAUACUGUUUUUGCACGCUGUUUCAAAGCAGGUAUUUAUUGACUUCUUAAAAUUAUUUUAUAAGAACGGUACUGUGUAGAUUAUAUUAUUAUUAAGUGUUUAAGACAUGUCAGGAAGAUUCAUCUUGUAUUGGCCUAUCAUCAUUAGAUUACACAGCAGAUUACAUAACUCCAAUCACUGACUCCCAUGCAAAGCUCUGUACCACAAGAAAGUGCAAUUUAGUUACUAUGUGCAAUAUUAUGCAUUUUUCUACUGUUUAUACAUCACAAUUAAACAUUUUCAACUAAA